CAGCCCCCCCACACCCCCACCCGGCUCCUGCAUUAAGCCCGGGGUUCGCAGCCGCAGCCAGGACCCGGCACGGGGGCGGGCGGGCAUGCUAGGGCCAUGGCUGAGGGCGAAGACAUGCAGACCUUAACUUCCAUCAUGGACGCACUGGUCCGCAUCAGUACGAGCAUGAAGAACAUGGAGAAGGAGCUGCUGUGCCCCGUGUGUCAGGAGAUGUACAAGCAGCCUCUGGUGCUGCCUUGCAUGCACAACGUGUGCCAGGCCUGUGCCCGCGAGGUGCUAGGUCAGCAGGGCUAUGUGGGCUACGGCGGGGACCCCAGCUCGGAGCCCACCUCACCGGCCUCCACCCCCUCCACCCGCAGCCCCCGCCUCUCCCGCAGGACUCUCCCUAAGCCUGAGCGUUUGGACCGGCUGCUUAAGUCAGGCUUUGGGACAUACCCCGGGAGGAAGCGAGGUGCCCUGCACCCCCAGGUGGUCCUGUUCCCGUGCCCUGCCUGCCAGGGCGAUGUGGAGCUGGGCGAGAGGGGCCUGGCGGGGCUGUUCCGGAACCUGACUCUGGAGCGAGUGGUGGAGCGGUACCGGCAAAGCGUGAGUGUGGGCGGGGCCGUCCUGUGCCAGCUGUGCAAGGCCCCGCCCCUCGAGGCCACCAAAGGUUGUGCUGAGUGCCGCGCUGCCUUCUGCAACGAGUGCUUCAAGCUCUUCCACCCCUGGGGCACCCAGAAGGCCCAGCAUGAGCCCACCCUGCCCACUCUCUCCUUCCGCCCCAAGGGUCUGAUGUGCCCAGACCACAAGGAAGAGGUAACCCACUACUGCAAGACAUGCCCACGCCUGGUAUGCCAACUCUGCCGUGUACGGCGUACUCACAGUGGACACAAGAUCACACCAGUGCUGAGCGCCUACCAGGCUCUCAAGGACAAGCUGACCAAGAGCCUGACGUACAUUCUGGGAAACCAGGACACAGUGCAGAACCAGAUCUGUGAGCUGGAGGAGACAGUGAGGCACACAGAAGUGAGCGGCCAGCUGGCCAAGGAGGAGGUGUCCCAGCUGGUGCGGGGGCUGGGGGCAGUGCUGGAGGAGAAAAGGGUGUCGCUGCUGCAGGCCAUCGAGGAGUGCCAGCAGGAGCGGCUGGCCCGUCUCAGCGCCCAGAUCCAGGAGCACCGCAGCCUGCUGGACGGCUCUGGGCUUGUGGGCUACGCCCAGGAGGUCCUGAAAGAGACGGACCAGCCCUGCUUUGUGCAGGCGGCCAAGCAGCUGCACCACAGAAUUGCCCGCGCCACCGAGGCCCUGCAGACCUUCCGGCCCGCAGCCAGCUCCUCCUUCCGCCACUGCCAGCUGGAUGUGGGGCGUGAGAUGAAGCUGCUGACUGAGCUGAACUUCCUGCGAGUGCCCGAGGCACCCGUCAUCGACACGCAGCGCACCUUCGCCUACGACCAGAUCUUCCUGUGCUGGCGGCUGCCCCCCCACUCCCCACCGGCCUGGCACUACACGGUUGAGUUCCGCCGCACCGACGUGCCCGCCCAGCCCGGCCCAGCCCGCUGGCAGCGGCGGGAGGAGGUGAGGGGUACCAGUGCCCUGCUCGAGAACCCCGACACGGGCUCCGUGUACGUGCUGCGUGUCCGAGGCUGUAACAAGGCGGGCUACGGCGAGUACAGUGAGGAUGUGCAUCUGCACACGCCUCCGGCGCCGGUCCUGCACUUCUUCCUCGAUGGCCGCUGGGGCAGCAGCCGAGAGCGACUGGCCAUCAGCAAGGACCAGCGGGCGGUGCGCAGCCUGCCGGGGCUGCCGCUGCUGCUGGCGGCCGAGCGGCUGCUCACCGGCUGCCACCUGAGCGUGGACGUGGUCCUGGGAGACGUGGCCGUGACCCAGGGCCGCAGCUACUGGGCCUGCGCCGUCGACCCCGCCUCCUAUCUGGUCAAGGUGGGCGUGGGGCUGGAGAGCAAGCUGCAGGAAAGCUUCCAAGGUGCCCCCGACGUGAUCAGCCCCAGGUAUGACCCUGACAGCGGACAUGACAGCGGCGCGGAGGACGCUACGGUGGAGGCAUCCCCACCCUUCGCCUUCCUGACCAUCGGGAUGGGCAAGAUCCUCCUGGGGGCCGCGGCGGGCGCAGGGCUGACCGGGAGGGAUGGCCCUGCCCCCGGCUGCACUGUGCCUCUGCCGCCCCGCCUGGGCAUCUGCCUGGACUAUGAGCGGGGCCGUGUGUCCUUCCUGGAUGCCGUGUCCUUCCGCGGGCUCCUGGAGUGCCCCCUGGACUGCUCGGGGCCUGUGUGCCCUGCCUUCUGCUUCAUUGGCGGGGGCGCUGUGCAGCUUCAGGAGCCGGUGGGCACCAAGCCCGAGAGGAAGGUGACCAUUGGGGGCUUCGCUAAGCUGGACUGACCGUCUGGGGCCCCUCCCAGCCACUGAGCUCUAAGCAUCUGGAGGCCGGCCACCCCUCCAGCGACUGCUGCCCCCAACACCCCCCC